UCUUAGUGGAAGUCAGGUGCUGGUGUGAUGAGUGAAUCUGGAACACAUCUGCCCAUUGCCUGUCUUCACAACUUUUGCAUUAAGAUGUGAGGGUUGCUGAGUGGUUUGUGGAGGGAAGAGUUUGAAAGACACACAGAAGAAAAAACAAAAUCUGCUUGGCAAUCUGUGAGCAAGAGAACACACGGAAGUCAGGACAAGUAGGAGAAAGUGAGCAGGUGCUAUGGCUUCAGAAAAAUUGGUGAACCUACAGGAGGAGGUGACCUGCCCCAUUUGCCUGGAGCUUCUAACAGAGCCCCUGAGCCUUGACUGUGGCCACAGUUUCUGCCAAAUCUGCAUUACUACAAACAGCAAGGAGUCUGUGACUGGACAAAAGGGGCGAAAGUGCCCUGUGUGCAGAAUGAAGUAUAAAUCUGGGAAACUGAGGCCUAAUUGGCACCUGGCCAACAUAGUGCAGAGGGUCAGGGAGGUCAAACUGAGCCUGCAGGAGCAAGAGAAACAUCUCUGUGCUCACCAUGGAGAGAAACUCCUGCUCUUCUGUGAAGAGGAUGGGAAGGUCAUUUGCUGGCUUUGUGAGCGGUCCCAGGAGCACCGUGGUCACCCUACAUUUCUCAUGGAGGAGGUCGCCCAGGAGUACCAGAAAAAACUCCAGACAGCUCUGGAGAGGCUGAAGCAGGAGCAGCAGGAAGCUGAGGAGUUGGAGUCUGACUUCAGAGAAGAGAUUGCUGCCUGGAAGAAUCAAACACGACAUGAGAGACAAAAUGUCCAGGCAGAGUUUGAAAAACUGAGAGCAAUCCUGGACAGUGAGGAGACGAAGGAACUACAAAAGCUGAAGGUUGAGGAGACAACCACUCUGUGUACCAUGGCAAACGCUGAGAAUGAGCUGGCCCAGCAGAGCCAGUUGGUGAGAAAUCUCAUCUCAGAAAUAGAGCAUCGUCUGCGGGGAUCAACAAUGCAGAUGCUGCAGGAUGUAAAUGACAUCUUGAAAAGGAGUAAGACUUUGACUCUGAAGAAGCCAAACCCGAUUCCCAAGGAACAGAGAACUGUGUUUCGAGCUCCUGAUCUGAGAGACAUACUGCGAGAGUUUAGUGGGCUGAGAGAUAUGCAACGCUACUGGGUUGACGUGACCGUGAGUCAUACAACGGGUAAUCGAAAUAUUGCCAUUUCUGCUGAUCGAAAACAAGUGAUAUAUGUGUACAAAGACCAAAGAAAUAAUCGACAUUGGGAAGAAGUUGAUUACGAUUGUGGUGUCCUGGGAUCCCCAGUUAUCACAUCAGGGAGACAUUACUGGGAGGUAGACGUGUCAGAAAAACGUGCCUGGAUCCUGGGCGUGUAUGGUGAAAAAGCUGAUGGAAAUCAUCAAAAUGUUUACUCGACAUACCAACCUAGAAAUGGCUACUGGGUCAUAGGGUUAAGCUAUGAUUCUGUAUAUAAUGCUUUUGAUGAGUCUUCCUCCUCAUAUCCCAUGAUCUUAACCCUCUCCCUGAGUGUUCCUCCUCGUCGUAUUGGGAUUUUCCUAGACUAUAGUGCUGGCACACUCUUAUUUCUCAAUGUCACAAACCAUGGAUUUCUCAUUUAUAAAUUCUCUUCAUGUUCCUUUCCUCAAAACACAUUUCCGUAUUUCAAUCCUAUGACCUGUAAAGUCCCCAUGAAUCUGUGCUCGCCAAGCUUUUGAACCUUCUCACAUCCAGCUCUCUGUAGUGCCUCUUACUAUGAGUGGAUCUAACACAUCUGAGCUUAUCUGCACCAUUCUUACCUUUUUUCCUUACUGCCUCCCCUUUCUUCCAUUAGAAUGUCCUUCAUUCAUCAAUAGGGUUUACAGUUUGCAUUGUGUCAUAUUUUCCACAAUAUCAUGUUUGCAUUAGGAGAAAAUCUGAAUUUACCAUUUUUCCUCCACCAAGGGAAAAUGACUGAUUCCCCAUAAAGAAAGACUAGUAUCAAGGCAGCACUUCUGACAAAUUUUCACAAUCUCAUUUCCUCUGCCACUGACUAAGAUGAGGAAGAAAAGCUUCUCAAUAACUGUUGCAUAUUAUUGAGGACCUGUUGUAGGAGUCAUUCAUAAACAGAUGCAUCUUAAACAGUGUCACUGUUUAACUAUCAUGUUUCUUAUUCAUCAAGAAAUUAAGUAGACAAUAUAUCUCAUAUGUACUAAGAGUGUAAGUUUUGUGUCCAGAGUGUCUUGAGUUCAACUCCUUUCUCUUCAUAUUAUUAGCAGCAUAACCUAGAAUAACAUCCCUAAAAUCUGUCUUUAUUUUCUUAAAGUAAUCUUGAUUUAAAAAGCUGCACCAUACAUAAGAUCAUUGUCAGAAGAUAAAUGCUAUCACAUAGAAAGCACCUAAGUGUCUCAACUUAAUAAUAAAUACUUUAUCUAUUAAUUAAUGAAAAAUAUAAGUUUUAUCUCAGUGUCUCAUUCAACAGAUUUGGGUCUUCAGGGACACAAGGGUUCUUUCUACUAAUAUCUAAAUUUUCAUAUCCUAGGUACCUCUUUGUUGCUGUUAAGACCACUCUAGCUUUUCUGUCAUAGAAAAGCACAUACAUAUGUGUGUGUGAUCACAGUUAAAAUUUUAUUAUGAUUUUGGUGUUGCUACAUUCAGGCUUUUAUGAAGCAAACUAAAUUAUAUGGGAUCCAGUUCCUCACUUACAAAAAGAUUAUACAGAAUUUACAUAAUUACUAUUGUGAACAUGAAAUCAUAAAAUCUUUGUAAUAAGUUCUGUAACUCCUAGGACAAAAGUGGCAGUAAAACAUGUCAUAUAUUCAUUCUGAUUCCCUCUCACUGUAACUGAAAUAAAUCAUUUUCAGAAUA